CCCACCACCAUGGAGUCAGUUUCAAAGUCUUUAGACAUUGACGAUCUCGAGCGCAAGGUUACAGUCUCGUCGCCUGACAGAGACUCAGAAAUCAUCGAGUUCACUCGCGAAGAAGAACUGCAACUUCUCCGAAAAUUCGACUUUAUGAUUCUGCCGCCUCUCGCGUUCAUGUAUCUCUGCAACGCACUUGACAAAGGAAAUGUUGGAAAUGCAAAGACUGCUCACUGGGACAAGGACAUUGGUUUAACAGGAGACCAGUACUACAUCCUUGUGAUGGUGUUCUAUGCACCGUUUUGUGUAUUCGGCACACCUCUUAGCUUGUUCGCCAAACGAUUCUCUGCUGCCAGGGUGCUUCCUAUCGUCAUGCUCGGAUUUGUUGAGGUUCAAUAUGCUCUUGAACAGGGCGCUUUGUACUGCCGCAGCAAAGAAUUUUUCUCCCAAUUCUUAGAGGUCUUCGCCAUCCGAUUUUUCCUUGGGAUCUUUGAGAGUCCAAUGCUGCCUGCAGUGGUGUACUAUCUCAGCACAUUCUACAAGCGCAACGAGUUGGCGUCUCGAGUUGCAACAUUCUACGCUGCAGCGUCAAUAUCAGGCGCUUUCUCUGGCUUGAUUGCCUAUGGUGUCUUCCACAUAACUAACACGAAGUACCAUAACUGGCAGUAUUUGUUCUGGAUCGAAGGAGCCGCAACUCUCUGUUUCGCUGCGUUCGCUUGGUUCUGGCUGCCCCGCACGCCUGCAACUUGGCGUUUUUUGACUGAUCGUCAGAAGGCGAUUGCGAGGAGUCGGAUUCUUUCAGAUUCAUCUGCGACUGUGGAGGAAGGAGUCGAUGUCACUGGCGCCUUUUCGCCAUUCAAGAGCCCAUUGUACUGGGUUUGGAUCUUGAUCAGCAUAUCUCUCGGGGUUCCUCUGGCUUCUGUGAACAAUUUUCUGCCGCAGAUCAUUUCGAGUUUCAAAUAUAGCACUGUCAAAACGAACUUGUACACUGUCGCGCCGAAUGUUGCUGGGACCGUCGCUCUCCUUCUUUUGGCCUUCUCUUCCGAUUACUUCAGGGAACGGACAAUCCGUGAACAUGCGAGUCUCUUGUCCGAGUUGAAAGAAUUCAGGCUCACAUGGAUCUGCAGAUGCAUUCCGCUGGUCACUGCUUUUGUAGGAUUUAUCAUACUGGGCAGCAUCGACACUCUCCAGCACCUCCACGUCGCCUAUUUUGCUUGCUUCUUGUUGACCAUGGGUGCUUUCGCACCUUCUAUCCUUGUCGCAACAUGGUAUUCAAACAACACGACCCAUGAAUCCAAACGAGCUGCUGUUGCCGCAGUAAUGGUCGGUUUCGCCAAUAGCGCUGGACUGAUAUCAACCAACGUAUUCCGGGCUCAAGACGAACCCAAAUAUGUUCCUGCACUGGCAACUUCUGCUGCUUUCGGAGGCUUCUGCUUGAUAUUGGUCGCAGGAACUGGCAUCUGGAUGAGACGCGAAAACGCCAGACGAAACCGAGAGCAAGGCGUGAAUCUACAAGCCAAGGAUGUAGACACCUCGAACCUUUCCCAGGGCACCAAAUCUCCUCUUUGGCGUUAUAUGUAUUGA